AUGGGCGCAUUAUUCUCACCUCCCGACUCGCCUCUGAAAGAAGGCCGGAUCCUGCUGCCCCUGGGCGGGAACUCGAGAGCGGCUCACAAGACGCGGCGGAUACUGUUCACAAUAUGGCUACUUUUGAUCUUAGUCUUCAUCUACGAGUACUUUCCACAUUCUGAAGAGCAAACAAUAGUUCUGCCACCAGAGAAUGCCCCCCCUCGCGUCGAGGAGAACAUAACAUCAGAGGCGGUGGGACCAGCUGAUGCAGGCUUGGGGGAAGAUGUCGAUGGACUUGAUCCUAGCACUCUGUCCGAGCCGGUGGAUCAGGUUCCUUUCUCCGGACAGGACCGCGAAGGGCGCAGGAAUUAUGGCAAGCGUCCGGGCGGAGGACAAGCAAAGAAGAUUCAUCAGGUUGUACCUAGCAAAGACUUUGACGAGGCUUUCACACGGGUCAUCAACCUUCUGCCCGGGGAGCUGGAGGUUCGCGGUCUUUUACAACCGCUAGACGGAAUGACCGGUGAGGCACGCCUCCGGGAACUCGGGAUCCGCACACGAAGGUACAAGAAAUACUUGGAGGCAUGGGAGGACCUGCACCUGGUGCCCGACUCCGAGGGCGGCACCUACAUCCGCGACGACAUAAUCCAGUACAUCCACGAGAAGCACCGCAGCUCCAGCGAGGAAGACGGCAGCAACGACCUGGCCGAGACCAUCCACGCGUACGAGUCGUACCGCCAGCUGCUGGUCCAGCUCAGCGAGCUGCUGUUCCCCUUCACGGCGCCGUACUUCCCGGACCACAUGACCCUCCGCUCGCACAUCCAGAAGGGCGGCCGGGGCAUCGCGCUCACUGCGGGCAACGACCAGGUCGCGUACCUGCUCACGCAGAUCCCGAUCCUGCGCAGGCUCGGGUGCGACCUCCCCAUCGAGGUCAUGUACGGCAGCGACGCCGACCUGAACCGCGACUCCAGGCAGGACCUCGAGGACCUCGAGGGCGUGGUGACGAGGGACAUUGGGUCCAUGGUCCGCGACAAGGGCUGGACGCUCGCGGGAUGGGCUAUCAAGCCCUUCGCCAUCCUGCUGUCCAGCUUCCGGGAGGUCAUCUUCAUCGAUUCAGACAGUUUCUUCUUCCGAAACCCUGAGGUGAUGUUCGAUGAUCCUGGGUAUGUCAAGACGGGGGCCUUGUUCUUCCGGGACCGUCUCAUCAUGCCAGAACUCAGGAGGAGCUGGCUGCAAACAAUCCUCCCUCAGCCCGUUUCGCGGAACGUAAAGCAAAGCAGGCUGUGGACAGGCGACAGCGGCCACCAGCAGGAGAGCGGUGUGCUGGUCGUUGACACUUACAGGCACUUCAUGGCAAUGCUUCUCGUCACCAGGAUGAACGGGCCCGACCGGGAUGGCAACCGAGAUGAUAAGAAAGUCGGUGUAUACGACAUGGUGUAUGGCGACAAGGAGACAUUCUGGCUGGGUUUCGAACUGGUCGGCGACACGGACUAUGUCUUCCACCAGGGCGACACGGGGACCUUGGGCGUAAUGAAGACACGCGAGGAGAUGGAAGCCGAAAAGUCCCAACUCCCACAAUGGGCGAUCCCCGACAACGCCACCGACCCGGAGUUCGACCCGGAGCUCGACCCCGAAUUCGACCCGGAGGCCGACCUCACCCCGGCCCCCUCCGCCCCGCCGCCGGGCCCGCUGCCGAGCCGGCGGAUGUGCGCGCCGCAGCUGCUGCACCUUGACCUGGAGGGCAAGCCGUUCUGGUUCAACGGCGGGCUGGUCAUGAACAAGUUCCUCGAGCGGCGGCAGUGGAAGUUUGGCACGUUCGAGAGCUACCUCAUCGAGCCGCGCGACGUGCGCGAGCCGGGGGCCUGGAUCCUCGGCGAGGGCAACAUGUGCUGCCUCACCACCGACAACCACCUAUACGGCUUCCUGACGCCGGCCGAGAAGGGGCUCGUCGACGAGAUGAUCGCGCAGGCGAGGAGGAUGGGCAUCGCUCGAAGCUGA